AUGGAUGUUAAUCGUUUUCAUUUCAUUGAAGGUGAUACUGAUUCAUCUUAUUGGGCUAUUGCUGGCGAUCCAAGUCUUCCUAACACUCAAGCAUUUCAAGCAAUUGUUACCGAUAAACAAUUUUAUGAUAAAAACAUUUUCAAAUUCGCACCAUUUGAUUUCUUCUGUUUUGAUGAGAAAUUUAAACCUAAAUUAAAGAAUAAAGCUGAAGAAAAAGCACAUGAGAAGAAGUUAUUGGGUUUAGCAAUUGAGAAACAAGGUGAUAACAUGGUUGCUUUAUGCCCUAAGUGUUAUACAUCAUUCAACGGUUCAAUUGAUGGAAGUGAUUUUAAAAAGAUUGCACAAAAAAUGAAAGGUGUUAGUUUACGACAAAAUAAACAAUUAACACCUAAAAAUUAUUUGGAUAUAAUAAAUGAUAAAGUGAUAUUUGAUGGUCAGAAUAUUAAUUUACAACUUAAAAACGGGUCAAUGACUCGCUUAACAAUCGGUAAGACUGCAUUAACAGGAGCACACACUAAGGCUGUAUGUUGUGAAAAUGGAUGUUGUAUGCCAUUUAUUUAA